GGGUACUUACUGUUUCUUCUCAUAGGGCUCUUAUCGCUAGGAAAUGAAUAAGCAUCUAUUUAGAAUGCUCUCAAAUUUAUGGGACUGAUUUGUUUCAAACUACAGCACCUCUAUUGUCUGACUUAGUGAUAGACGGCUCUUAUAUUACACGUAUCUUAAAAUGAACAGAUGUUGGAGGUAAACUUUCUUAGCAACCAGAGAUUGAAUUAGUUAUCGUAUUCGACUGUAAGAACUCUUCCAUCUAACUCAGCACCAUUAAAUUCCUUAAUGGCUUUUUGAUGGUCAGAGUCGUACUCAUAUCCAACAAGGGCUUUGCCCAAAGAUCUGCCUUGCUUGUCCCAAAGGACUCUGCAGAACUUAAGCUUGCCUACAGAGGCGAAGAUUUCUCUGACAUCUUCUUCCAGGAUGUUGUAGUCAAGGUUGACCACUCUGAUUUUUCUCGGUCUUUCUCUUCUGUCGCCGUAUUGUCUUCUUCCUCUACCUCCAAAUUGCUUUCUUUUGUUGUUGUUAAAUCUUCUGGAAGGUCUAUCCUGCUUGAAGCCAUCUCCUGAUAACUUUUUAGGGAAGCUUUUCUUAGGCUUUCUGUUCUUCUUUUCUUCUUUUAUAAGCUCAUC